CGUUUUCGCAUUCUCGCGUUCUCGACCUAAAGUCGAGAACGCGAGAACGCGAGAUUAGUCAUUAACGGCCGUCCUCGCACUCUCGCUCCCUCGCGUAAGGAAGUUCCCAUAAUUUCACAUGCGUGUUUAACUCAAAGCGUCUGGAGGAUCGGGAUGCUUCACCGCGCGCCCUUACAAGAUGGCUUCAACUUCUGAAAGUACAAUUGAAGUUGAUCCAAUUGAAGUCAUCCUGGAGAAGAUUGGAUGUGGCCAUCUCACGCAAUCGUUCAAAGAUGACAUGAGGUCUUAUGGCAGAGAUAUGUGGGAAAAUUUUUCAGGGUCAGGAAGGGCAGAACUUUUUUCGGCAUGACCUUGAAAAAUUAUCUCAAGGAUUCUAUGAACUGGCAGGCAAACUGGUUGCCUUUUCCCUCCUCCAUGGUGGGCCAAGUAUACCAGUUCUCCAUCCAGCUGUUGCAAAUGUUGUGUUAGAUGGAGAGGUUGCUAUGGAGACAGAAACAUUGCCCUUGUUGGAGGAUUGUAUCUUCGACUGGGAAACCAGAGAGAAAUUAAUUCUGCUGCAGAAUACACUUGAUGAAAAGCAGUACCACAAUCAACUGGAUAAAAUCAGUGACUGGUGCUUGGAACAGAGUUUGUCUAUCUCUAAUUUUACACAUUUUGAGAAAAAACAACUAAUGGACAUCCUAAAAAAAUGAAAUUUU